AAUGAGUUCGCGCAAACUCAGUCAACAACUUCGUGGUUACAGGCAGGGAGAUGGCCGUCAAAAUGCAGUCUUGUGUGUUGUCACUUUUACUUUUGAACGUUUAUUACAGUUUUGUCUCAUCUCUCUACUUUCACAUCGGGGAGACCGAGAAGAAAUGUUUUAUAGAAGAAAUUCCAGAUGAAACAAUGAUCAUUGGAAACUACCGCACACAGCUGUAUGACAAGCAGAAAGAAGAAUACCUGCCAGCCACGCAGGGACUGGGCAUGUUUGUUGAAGUGAAAGAUCCUGACGAGAAGGUGAUCUUGUCACGGCAGUAUGGCUCUGAGGGAAGGUUCACAUUUACAUCUCACACCCCUGGAGAACAUCAGAUAUGCCUCCACUCCAACUCCUCCAAGUUUGCCCUCUUUGCUGGGGGAAUGCUUAGGGUUCACUUGGACAUUCAAGUUGGUGAGCACACCAACAACUAUGCAGAGAUAGCAGCCAAGGACAAACUGACUGAGUUGCAGCUGAGAGUGAGGCAGCUGGUGGAGCAGGUGGACCAGAUCCAGAAGGAGCAGAACUAUCAGAGGUACCGUGAGGAGCGCUUCAGGCAGACCAGCGAAAGCACUAACCAGAGGGUGCUGUGGUGGUCCAUUGUUCAGACUCUUAUCCUGGUGGCCAUUGGUUUUUGGCAAAUGAGGCAUCUCAAGAGCUUCUUUGAGGCUAAGAAACUAGUGUGAGUGUGUCAGAGAGUAGUGUGAAAUUGUUUAUGUAGUCAUGCAAAAAACAUCAGUCAGAAGGUGUCAUUCUCUCAAAGGUAGCUUAUGUGUAAAGACUUGCAAAAAUGCCAUCCUGAGUGUAAACCAACCUAAUGGUUAUUUCAUUGUUUUUUUGUUUUUUUUUCAUUGUUUUUUUUUUUUUAGGUACCUUAUUUCUGGGAAAGCAGACCAAAACUUAUUUAUUUCUCACAUUUAUAACAAGCAGAUUUUUCCCCUCACUGAAAUCUCACCCUCAUUGUAUAUAUUUUUACAUGCACAGCAAUCCACUCGCAUGCAUACACACUUAACCGUCUCAAGAGAACAAUUGUUUUCAUACUGAUGACAUUGCUAUUUCCUUGAGAAGGGUAUAUGUUACUGGCCAUUAGAGAUCCCCAAAUUUCUUUUUAGAAAGAAUGUACAUUGAGAGAUUAAUUUUUGGUACUGUGCAUACUAAUCUGUUUUAUUAUGCUCGAUGUGAAUGUAUAUUCAACCUGUGUAAAUGAGUGUAUUGACUUCCAGAAAUCAUUGAAAUUGGUAAUCUCCAGUUGAUGUUCUGUAUAAAAUUGUCAAUUUCUGAGCCGGUAGGUGAAAGGGGGAAACCUCACAUGGUGGUAGUGCCAAGUACCUUGUAGACACUGGUUGUAGGUAUCUGGUAUUGUGUCAAAGAAAAGAAACAUAUUUGUGGGAAAACUAUGCAUUUAUUCUAGAAGGAAAUGUGUUUCUACUUGUCAUGUUUAAGACAAUGGUAGAUAUGCUAAUUGUCUUGUACACAUUUGGACUGAUAACAUGAUACUCUUUGUUUAAGAAUUCAUUCAAUUUUGCAAACUUAUUUAUCCCUUCAUAUACAGCAAUCAAAUGUUUCCUAAUUUUGUUUUGUCUGCAAAUUCUCAGGUAGAGUUACUCUAUACGGACACAUAAAGGCCUGCUCCAUUUUUAGCUGACGGAAACCUGAAUAAUCUUGUCUUUUAAAUUGUUAUUUUGGUUUAGAAAUGAGUCAAUGCUAUACAUCAGUGUUAUACACUUUUGAACUCAUCUGGAUUAAUUGAUCUGUACUUGUCUAAUUUGUUUUGUUUUCAUUUGAGGCCUCCAGCUUUCUCAUUCAAUUGAUAAAGACUUGUUUUUUUGUGACUACAUAAAUACUGUUUGGUGUGUUAAAAUCAAUUGGUGAAGGUUUCUAUUUUGAGAGGGGGGGGGUGGGUAUAUUUUGUCUAAAUUUGCACUCAAAUUAAAGUUUGACACCUUUG